AUGACGUCUACCUUGGAUACUUUUAUGAAUCGAGUUAUAUCUGUUGUCACAGGUGAUGGAAGGAAUAUUGUUGGCAUGAUGAAGGGUUUCGAUCAGCUGGUCAACGUUGUUCUCGAGGAUUCACAUGAGCGCGUUUACUCAGAAACUCAAGGUGUUGAACAGAUUCCACUUGGACUGUACAUUAUAAGAGGCGAUAAUAUGUGA